CAAAAAGGACACUGAUUUAAUUGGAAAUGUUAAGAUUGCCCAAAAAAGGAUUAACUAGAUUGGAUCAAAUUCAAGAUGAUGAAACCUACCUGGAAAAUUUAGCAGUUCAGAGAAAUGCUUCUGCCUUUUUUGAAAAAUACGAUCGGAGCGAAGUACAAGAACUACUGACCACGGCACUGGUUAGCUGGUUGUCCACCAAAGAGGACGUUCGCUCUCAACUAGACAUCCCGUGUGGAAUUAUGACUCAAAUGAACAACUUCGCCUUCUCCACUGCAAUCCUGCUGACUCCGGUGGACUCAGAUGCCCUCUUAGACUACCGGGAGGUCCAUCAGAUCAUAAGGGAGUUGGCCGUUGGAAUUUAUUGCUUAAAUCAGAUCCCGUCGAUCAGCUUAGAAGCUAAUUAUGAUCAGAGUUCAUCUUGUCAGUUACCUCCAGCCUAUUACGAUACUAGAAUUGGACAGAUUCUGAUUGAUAUCGAUUACAUGCUCAAAGCACUGUGGCAUGGAAUCUACAUGCCCAAGGAAAAACGGGCCCGCUUCUCGGAGCUGUGGCGCACCAUCAUGGACAUUGACCCAGAUGGGAAGCCACAGACAAGCAAAGAUAUUUUUGCAGAGUUUAGUGCGGCAGGUUUGGUUGAUAUUACAAAGGAUCCAGACUUUGAUGGAAUCUAUGAUGAAGACAUGAAUGAAGAUCCAACAUAUAAUCCCAACAGCCCUGAAGAAAAAGCCGUGUUCAUGAAAUAUGCUGAAAAUAUUAUGCUAAAGUUGACAUUCAGUACCACACAAGUUCAACAAUAUGAAAAUGUCUUUAUAUUUGAAACAGCUUACUGGCUUACCAAUGCCAUAAAAUAUAAUCAGGAUUAUCUUGAUAUUUGUACCUACCAGAGACUACAGCAAAGAUUAUAUCUUCAAAAAAAGAUUAUUCAGAAACAUUUUGAGAAGAAAAAAGAAAUCAGAGGAGGGCUAGGAUACCUAAAGUUAAUAUGUUUUCUGAUUCCAUUUCUAUUGAGUUUAAAAAAGAAGAUGAAAGUCCCAUAUUUAAGUAGUCUGCUUCAGCCCUUUUCUGAUGACAAGGUCAAGACAGAAAGAGAAUUGCCUCCAUUUAUUUACGGACAAGACUUUAAAUGCCAGAAUUUUUACUACAAAGAGAACCAGUAUUUUCACAUGCAUGGAGGAAUUGAAUUUGAUAUCAGCACCUCUUCAAUUGAGAAUGCUCUGGAAGAUUUUAAGAACAACUUGGAAAAAAUACGAGACUGUGCUGCUAAUACAUUUGCAGAAGAUUCAGGAUAUAAAGAAUAUUACUCAAUACCAGUCAUGGAAUUUUAUGGAAGAAGCUAUUAUGUGAUUUGUUUUGAACUUGAAGCUUUCUAUCAGCAGCUGUAUAAGACCCAGUGGUGGGGAGCCAUAAAUGAAAUUGUGAACAGUCUGAGAGUGAAAAGACUUCCACUGACAGAUGCUCAAUUGCAUGACCAAUUUAAAAAAUUUGGUUUCAAAAAAGCUAUGAAAUGCAAGAGUAUCCCAUUUGGUUUGAAGUCUGCUGUAGAAAGAGGACUAUCUGCUGUUUUCCAUACAUUCAGUCGUAAAACCUCAAGCUCGACAAUAAAUGUGUCUGAUGAAGCAGGUUUUGCAAUUUUCCACCACGCUGCUCUGUACAACAGAGUUCCUAUUAUAUGUCAGUUGUGCAACGCUAACUUCAAUGUCAACCAGAGACGCUUUAUCAUGUUCAGCCAAGGCCCAACACCCCUGCACCUGGCUGCACAGGCCUGUUCCUUAGAGACAACCAUCUGUCUACUCUGCUUCAAAGCUGACUACACACUUUCUGAAAAGCGAGGCUGGAUGCCGAUUCACUUUGCUGCUUUCUACGACAACAUCUGCAUUACCAUUGCUCUCUGCAGGAAGGAUCCUAGUUUGCUGGAAGCUGAGACAACAGCUGAGAAUCAGUGUACUCCCUUGUUACUUGCUGCCACUUCAGGAGCACUGGACACCAUUCAGUACCUGUUUUCUCUUGGUGCUAACUGGAGAAAAACGGAUGCCAAGGGAAAUAAUAUUAUUCACUUAUCAGUGCUAACCUUUCACACAGAGGUUCUCAAACAUAUAAUAGAGCUAGAUAUUCCUGAACUCCCAGUUUGGAAAACUUUGGUAGAAAUGCUGCAGUGUGAAAGCUAUAAAAGGAGGAUGAUGGCGGUCAUGUCCUUAGAAGUAAUUUGCUUAGCGAAUGAUCGAUACUGGAAAUGUAUUUUGGAUGCAGGCACCAUUCCUGCAUUAAUCAAUCUAUUAAAAUGUCCCAAAAUAAAAUUACAGUGCAAAACUGUUGGGUUAUUGAGUAAUAUCUCAACCCAUAACAGCGUAGUGCAUGCUAUAGUCGAGUCAGGAGGCAUUCCAGCUGUGAUCAACCUCUUGGCAUCUGAUGAACCUGAGCUGCACUCUCGCUGUGCUGUCAUUCUCUAUGAUAUUGCUCAGUGUGAAAACAAGGAUGUUGUUGCCAAAUAUAAUGGAAUACCAGCUCUGAUAAAUCUCUUGACAUUAAACAUAGAAAAUGUGCUAGUAAAUGUAAUGAAUUGUAUCCGGGUAUUGUGUAUAAAAAAUGAAAUCAACCAAAGAGCAGUGAGAGACCACAAUGGGAUCCAACAUCUUAUCAGAUUUCUGAGUUCUGAUUCAGAUGUGUUGAAAGCCGUAUCUUCUGCUACAAUUGCUGAGGUUGGGCGUGACAAUAAGGAAAUUCAGAAUGCUAUAAUCAUGGAAGGCGCCAUCAAUCCUCUGGUAGCUCUUUUUAAAGGGACACAGCUUAGUGUCCAAGUGAAAGGUGCAGAGGCCGUGGAAUCAUUGGCAAGUUUCAACCCUCUCAUACAGAAAGCAUUUCUGGAAAGAAAAUUAACGAAAUAUCUUCUAAAACUCCUAAAGGCCUUUCAAAUAGAUGUCAAAGAACAAGGAGCAAUGACCCUUUGGGCCUUGGCUGGGCAGUCACUGAAACAGCAAAAGCACAUGGCAGAGCAGAUUGGAUACAACUUUAUAAUCAGUAUGCUUCUGUCUUCAUCAGCUAAAAUGCAGUAUGUGGGAGGUGAAGCAGUAAUAGCUCUAAGUAAGGACAGCAGGAUGCAUCAAAAUCAAAUAUGUGAAGGCAAUGGAAUUGCACCGCUGGUUCGCUUACUAAAAAUCAGUAGAUUAACUGAAGGCACACUUCUCAGUGUCAUCAGAGCAGUGGGAUCCAUGUGUAUUGGUGUAGCCCACACAAGCAAUCCUGUUAGUCAGCAGUUUAUUGUGGAGGAAGAUGCCCUUCCAGUACUUAUCCAACUGCUAAGAAAUCACCCUUCUCCUAACAUUAAGGUGGAAGUGGCAUUUUCCUUGGCAUGCAUUGUCCUAAGAAAUGAGGUACUACAGAAUGAAUUACUUGAAAAUGAAGGAUUUAAAUAUUCUGACGUCCUUCAUCUUCUUCACUCAACAGAUAAGGAUAUUUGCUUAAGAGCAGGCUAUGCAUUAAGCCUUUUUGCCUUCAAUAAUCGCUUCCAACAAUACUUAAUACUGGAAAGUGGAAUAAUGACCAUAUCUAUUUUUGAACCUUUUCUUGAAUCAGCAGUUGAAACUGAGAGAGCAAUGGCAGCAUUUCAGAUUAUUGUAUUAUCUAAAGUCAUUGUAGAUGUGGACCAUAUUACUUUGACUGCAAGAGGUGUUACUAUUUUAGUUGAUAGCCUGUAUUCAGUUCAGCCCACUACUCUUGUCUUGACAGGGAAUUUAAUAGCCAGCCUGGCUCAUUCUAGAGCCGGCAUUCCAGAAGCAUUCACCACAUUAGGGACAAUCCAGCGGCUCUGCUACCAUUUGCACUCUGUAAGAGAAGAGGUCCGCACAGCUUGCUCUUGCGCUCUUGGCUACUUAACUUACAACGCAAAUGCUUUCCGAAUUCUAUUAAAAGAAUGCAGGAAUAAACCUAAUCAGUUCCUUCGCUUAACAAAUAAUAUCAACAGAGAUGCAAGUAUUAACCCAGCAUUUUUAAAGGAAUUUCAAAUGCAACAAACAGUGGGACUUCCUUCCUUGAGUCUGGAAAAGAAUGGAGGACCAUCCAUAAUUCCUGUCUUUAAGAAAGGGAAAGAGCACCGAAGAAAAGCAAAACCUAAAAUUCAACCAAGAGAUUCUUUGACUUUAAUACGUCCUGUAACUAACUUCAUGGGACUCUUCAAAACAACAGAAAAUACUGAUGUUCCUCUUAAUAUGUUUUCUUUUUCCUCUGCACUUUCAUCGGAUAUCAUAAAUAUAUCAAGACCAAGAAUAGUGUGCUUGAACCAACUUGGGAAACAUGUACAGAAAGCGAACUCAGAGCCUUCUGAAGGUUAA